ACAGGCUGCAGCUGAGACACCGUGAUCAGAAAGAAGCUGGAGAACAAGAAGAAGCAGACAGCAAGGAGGUUGAGGAGAUGGCUGGAGAAGGAAGACAGAGCUCUGGUCUGCAGGACAUCCUGAGAGGCUACUGUGAUGGAGCUCAGAGGACAAAGAGCAACAUGAUACGAGUAUUCGUCAGCUCCACCUUUACAGAUAUGAGCGGCGAGAGGAAAGCUCUGCUGGAGAGAGCUUACCCAGAGGUCCAGUCCUUCUGUCGCAGUCUGGGACUGGUCUUUGAGGUGGUGGAUCUAAACUGGGGGAUUCAGAACAUCCUGUUUGGAGACCAUGAAGACUGUGAGAUCUCCCUGCAGGAGAUCCAGAGCUGUAAAAGAGUUUCUGCUGGUCCAGCCUUUGUGGGCCUGCUGGGGAACAGGUAUGGCCACCGAGCACUUCCCCAUUUCAUCCCAGAAAAGCAGUUUGAGAUCCUUCUUUCUAAGCUUUACAAAAACCCGGAAGGUGUUCAGCAACUGCAAGAGUGGUUUCUGAAGGACAACAACUCUGUUCCACCCACUUACAUCCUCCAACCAGUCACUGCUCGAUAUCCACACUAUAGUGAUCUCCGACCUGAGGUUGAGAAGCUGCAUGACAACGAUCUUCUGUCCUGGCGCUUCACUGAAAGUCAGCUGUUGAAGCUGCUGCGCACUGCAGCCACUGAGGCUGAGGAUGCUGGAGACAUCACAGCUGAGCAAAAACAACUCUUCUACUCAUCAGUCACUGAAAGAGAGUUCCAUGAGGGCUUUUGGAGGAACGGCCGGAAAUCGUCGGCUUUGCUCUUUGUCCGGGAGAUCCCCCGACAGAGGAUAAAGGAGAGACCCAAACGUCUGGCCAAGCUCAUGGACCUCACUUUGGACGGGCUACUGGAUGCUGAAGCUCAGGAACUCCUUAUCGGGCUCAAAUCACGUUUGUAUGACACUUCUAAGAAGGUCCUCAAUCUGCACUGUGUAGAGUUAAGCAAAGGACGCAUUGAUCCAAAGCGCAAGGAGCAUGCUGAGUACCUGGAUAACAUCUGUCAGCAGUUUGUCUCCCAGAUGACAACCCAAAUCGGAGUGGAAGUUGGCUCAGUGGAUGGUGGGAGGAAGAGGAAGAUCUGGGGGAGCACAGAGAAAGAGGAAGAAGAAUAUGAUUGGCUGGUUGAAGAGGUGAGGCAGCAUUCUACAAUGGCCUCUGAGUUGAGCAAAGGUGUCAAUGGCAGAGAUGGGCUUCUGGGAAAGAUUAGCGUCACCUUGUGGGAGUCAACCACAGCCAAUCAUGGCUUGCUGGUGAUCCACGGUGCUGCUGGGAUGGGAAAAACCACUCUCGUGUGCAAACUGGCGCAGGAGAUGCAAGGCGUCCUGGAGGCCAAGGUGGUGCUGGUGAUCAGACUGCUGGCUGCUAAUCACCCACACAGACCCAACAUCAACCAUGUUCUCCACAGCAUCUGCCUACAGGUGUGUCUAGCGUGUGGCCUGGCUCCACCCUCUCUGCUUUCAGUCAGCUCUCACCUGGAGCUGCAACAUUUCUUCAAGACCAUGCUGGAGGACGUCUCUCAGCAGGGACAGACUCUGCUCGUCAUCUUAGACUCUCUGGAGCAGCUUGCAGAUGAACAUCAGGCUCACAAACUGCACUGGCUACCAACAGAUAUCCCUCCCAACGUUCACCUUCUUGUCUCUAUGGACACCACCAGUGAGGCGUUUGCUAACCUUCGGCUGAAGCUUGGUGCUGCUGGGUGUCUCUUUGAGGUGGACCAUCUGUCUCGUGAUGAAGGGGAACAGAUUAUAGAGUCCUAUCUGAAAGCGUUUCAGCGGACGUUGACCCGCCAGCAGAAAGAAGCUGUGCUGCAGAACUUCAAGGCCACUGGCUCUCCUCUCCACCUUAAACUCCUCCUUUCCACCGCCAAACGCUGGACUUCCUUCACACCACCAUCAGAUCUGUUGCUGGGCAGCAGCAUACAGGAAGUGAUGUCAAGCCGCCUCCUAAAACUGGAGGACAAACAUGGAAAGAAACUGGUGGGCGGGGCCUUGGGAUACAUUGUAUCAGCCAGGAGAGGCCUGUUGGAGGCAGAACUGCGUGAUGUCAUGUCCCUGGAUGAUGAUAUCAUCUGUGAGGUAUACAGGUAUUCCCUCCCUCCGACCCCUUCGUUGAUCCGGCUGCCCCCAAUAUUGUGGGCCCGGCUCAAGUGGGACCUCAAUGACCAGCUCGAGGAGCGUUGGACUGACGGAGUUGCUGUCAUUGCCUUCCGUAGCCGGCUUCUCUCUGAGAUAGUAAAAGCCCGCUAUCUCACACCAGAGAGACGGGGGCGGACUCACAGGAUCCUGGCAGAGUAUUUCCUGGGUUGCUGGUCUGGUAAACUGAAGCCUGCGUCUCUGCCGGGUCUGACACUGCUGCUGUCAGACAGGAAGGUCCCACCCCAGCCAUUGUGGUUCGUUGCAGGAUUGGCUAACGUUAGAAAGCUCCAAGAGUUGCCUCAUCACUUGCUGCAUGCUGGUCUGUGGGAAGAACUACGGCAGGAAGUAGUCGGCAGUGCUGAGUGGCUGUACUGUAAGAGCCGAGUCUGUGGAGUGUCCAGCUUGAUCAGCGACCUGGACCAGUGCUUCAGAUACAUGGACUGCUCUGAAACCAGACUGGUCCAUGAUGCUCUGGUCCUGAUGAAGCCCAGCCUAGAUGUCCUGUCGGGUCACAUGGACCAGUCUCUGUUUUACUCGGAGCUGCUGGCCCGACUCUCCUCACUGUCCUCCACCUUCAAGUCUGUGAUUGGUCAGAUCUGCAGCCAGUGCGACGACUGGCUCCAAUCGUGUCUAGAACCAGUUCUGAUACCAAAGAGCAGCUUCUUGCAGCAGCCAGGGGGGGCGCUGCAGCACACACUGACUACACAACACGGAGGCGUGCUCUGUUUGGACAUCAGUGUGGCACUGCAGCUGCUGGUCACUGGUUCAGCUGACGGCAUGGUGGCGGUCUGGGACCUCAGUGACAGACAGCUCGUUCAUGCUCUGCAGGGACCUACAGUGGCCAUUGUGUCUGUGAAGAUCAUAGAAAGCUCCACCCACUGUCUCUCAUUGGCUGCAGAUGGCUCCCUGAAGAGGUGGAGCUUGAAGAGUGGCCAAGAGCUCCACUGCAUCCAAGAGGCGGGACCUGCUGGGUCCGCCCCCUCUUCAGUCCAACUGCAGGUGUCAGAGCUGUUUGUUUACACCUGGACCUGGACGCAGGUGAAGGUUUGGAGGCCGGAUGGAUCAGAGAUCCAGCUCUGCAACAGCGAGGAUGCCUCGCUGAUUUUGGGGGUUCUGGGGGAUUCUGUGGUGUUUCUGUCAGACUCAAAUCGGGUCAAAACAUUUGACCUGGUUACUGGCACCCAGACUGUGGUAAAGCUGACUCGAAGCCUGACACCAGUGAAGGCGGCGGUGGCGCCUAAACAGGGGAAGGUGUUUGUGGUGUCGGAGGACGGAUUCCUGCAUCAGAUCUCCAGGUCAGGAAGUCAAAAUGUCACCAAGUUCCCUCCACAUCCCUCUCUGGUCUCAGUUUCUGAGGAUGAGAAAAUCCUUUAUGCAGGCUGUGAAAGGACUCUGAGUCUGUUCAACAUCUCAGGUGUCUCUGCGGAAAGCUUCCUGGACCUGCAGCACGAUGACGUGGUUUUAUCAGCCUGCGUGUCCUCAGACUGCAGACACGUCGUCUCUGGAGCUGCAGACCAGCUGAUCCGAGUGUGGUCAGUGACCACUGGCCUCCUACUGGACGUCCUGUGCGGCUGCAACGCUCCGGUCACCUCCCUGCUCCUCUACAAAGGGUUUGUGGUGUCGGCCUCGUCCGCUGCAGCUUCAGUUCUGCUAUGGAGCCUGAAAUACGACACCCACCACCAACCCCCCGCCCACAUCCCGGCAGGCUCCGCCCACUCAGUCAUCACCAAGGAUGGAGAUCAGGUUUUCUAUGUCCACCAUCGGAGCCAGAGGGAGGUGAUGAUCUGGAACAACCGCACAGGUUCUCUGUCGGAGCGUUUGGCUGUCUCUGCAGAGGUCAGCUGUUUGGAGCUGGCCCAGCACAAACGUUUGCUCCUCUGUGGUCUGGCCAGCGGCACCGUCCUCAUCUAUCCGCUGACGCUCCCCCAAGAGACCCUCUGCAUCCCUCCUCCAGAGAGCCUGUCCCCGGUGCUCUGCCUGGCUGUCAGCUCACAGGAGAAGCACCUGGCUGUGGCCUACAAAGACUCAGUGUGUCUUUUUGAAAUCACCACUAGAGAUAACUUUCCCACCGUGGAGGGGCCCCUGGGGAGGGCCAUGCUAUCAGUCCUCCAAUCGCCACUGUCCUCCAUGGCCCUGCUGCCCGACCGCAGGCUGCUGUAUGGGACGGACUGUGGGAAGGUGAAGCUCCACGACUUCAGCACCACGGCCAGCUCCGACCUGCAGCCGCAUCGCAGCAGGGUCACCUGUGUUGCGUCCAGUAACUGGGGUACCCACGCCUUAGUGGGCUCCCAGGACGCCACGCAGAGACUGUGGGCCCUGAAGCCAGUUGUUCUGGACCACACCAUGGAGUACAAGGGUUUGUUCUUCGAGGGUGUCCUCUGUGCCUCCUUCUCUGAAAGUGACCAGUUUGUCUUCACUGGAUCACAAGACCGAACCAUCAAAGUCUGGGAUGUGGCUUCAGGUAACCUGCUCUACGUUCAGUACGUCUACUCCCCCGUCGUCCGCAUGGUGACGUUCAGGAAUGGCUUUGUGGCGCUGUCCCUGGAGGGGUCCGUCAUCCAGGAGGCCUUCCGCUGUCCGGAACACAUCGAUCCGGCCUACAACCCUCUAAGGAACAUCAGGGCUCAGUACCGGGUCACCUCAAGAGAAAAGCACAGCGACGGUCAGCAGAGCUGUAUGUCUGACCUGCAGGACUUCAACCCGGCCCAGAUCAACCUGAACCUCAUCAGCAUGCUCAGAACCAAGCCCUCCUCCUCCUGCAUCCUCCUGUAGAACACCAGAACCCCUAAUCAGGGAGUUCUGUUUGUGUCAGAUCUGAAUCCUGAAUGCUUUUUUAUGGUGU